AUGCUGAUAAAUUAUGUUCAGCCCGAAUGUAAAGAACAAGUGCGGGGUUUCACUGGGGCUAUUUUCAGGAAGUUUUACACCAUCUCAGAAGCUGAGAAGUUUCUAAACGACGAUGGUCCAGUAUCACCGGCGCGGAAGCGUGCAUAUACAACGGCGCACUUAGAAGAGGAGCCUCUUUUAAAGGCGAGUAGGAAAAGGGUUGUGGACUCAACUGCGGUUGAUAAUUUGUCACCUCUUCCGUUUAUGCAUGAUCUUCAUGAAGCUAACAAAGUUCUCGUCUACACUGAUGGUUCCUGUAAGGGUCCACAGAAUAAUCGCCGAGCUGGUAUAGGCGUAUUUUGGGGUGAAAAUCAUCCGUGGAAUGUAUCGGAUCGAUUAUCAGGACGUCAAACCAAUAACAGGGCCGAAAUUGAGGCAUGCAUCCGCGCUUUGCAACAAGCCAACAAGGUGGGUAUUACGGGUGUGAAAAUUGUUACCGACAGCAAAUUCACAAUUAACUGCGCCACGAUUUGGUAUUUCAAGUGGAUAAAGAACGAUUGGAAAUUGGCUAAUGGUGCACCUGUCCUUCUUAAAGCCGACAUUCAACGAUUGGCCGAUGAAUUGGCCUCCCCUGGACUUCGUGUUUCAUGGUGUCAUUCUCCAGGUCACAGAGGAAAGUGGGGCAAUGAACAAGCAGACAAGCUGGCAAAUCAGGGUGCUAAUCUUCCUUGUCCACAGAACGGCAAACAGGAUGAAAUCAUUCAGGUUUCUGAGGACGCUGAUUAUGAUUCGAUGUCGACGACUUUCACUGUGCAGAAGCGUGAAACAAAGCCCUUUGAGGGUCAAAAACCGGGCACCUCGGGUUUGCGUAAACCCACUAAGACUUUCAUGCAACCUAACUAUGUGGAGAAUUUUGUGCAAGCCUGUCUCUCUGUGGCACAGAAGUACCGAAAACCCAAAACCAAAUUUCGGCUUGUUUUGGGAGGUGAUGGCCGAUACUUCCUCAAAGAGGCACUUUUAAAUGCUAUAAUACCCAUCUGUGCUGCUAACGGUGUAGAGGAAGUGAUGGUUGGUGAGGAGGGAAUUCUCUCAACGCCUGCCGUAUCAACGAUCAUUCGCCGUUAUGGCAUGACAGGUGCAAUCAUUAUGACAGCCAGUCACAAUCCUGGCGGAAUUGAUGGGGACUUUGGCUUGAAAUACAACAUCGAGAACGGUGGCCCAGCUACUGAGACAAUCACCAAUGAGAUCUACGAAAUUACUAAGUCAAUUUCUGAAUACCAUACAUUGGAAUCUCCGAUACCCAUUGAUCUGUCUAAACAGGGCACCUCUGAGUAUGCUCUUUCUAAUGGAAAUACUUUCAAAGUCCAAAUUAUCUCUUCCACCAAAGAUUACGUUGACUACAUGAAGGAAAUUUUCGACUUUGAUCUCAUCAAAGGUUUCCUUAAUGGAAGCAAUGGAAAGCCGCCUUUUAAAAUCCUUGUUGAUGGCCUUAGUGGAGUAACCGGACCGUACAUUAAGGCUCUAUUAAUGGACAACUUUAAUUUGCCUGAAUCUUCAACUCUGGAUUGUACCCCCUUACCCGAUUUCGGCGGUCAUCAUCCUGAUCCAAAUUUGACCUACGCCUCUAAGUUGGUUGACGCUGUUCGUGCGGAUAAGACAAUCAUGUUGGCCGCUGCUUUCGAUGGUGAUGGAGAUCGUAACAUGAUUAUCGGACAGAAUGGGUUCUUUGUCUGCCCCUGUGAUUCACUGGCUGUCAUCGCUGAUAAUGCUGGCUACAUCAAGUAUUUCUCUAAGAAUCCUCCCAAGGGCUUUGCACGUAGCAUGCCAACAUCACCUGCUGUCGAUAGAUCUAAACCUCAGAUCAAAAACCUUAUUUCAUUUUCUCUUGAUAGGGUGUGCAAAGCGAAGAAUAUGGGCAUUUUUGAAACUCCUACAGGCUGGAAGUUCUUUGGCAAUUUACUUGAUGCUGAUAAGGCUUCUGUAUGUGGAGAGGAGAGUUUCGGUACGGGCUCGAACCAUAUUCGCGAGAAGGACGGUAUUUGGGCUCUCCUCUGUUGGCUGUCUAUUCUAGCUGGACGCCAAGAGGCUGGUAAGUCUCCGCAAGUUCGUGAUGUUCUACGUGAACACUGGAGUAAGUAUGGGCGUGACUUCUUUACUCGUUAUGACUAUGAGAACUGCACUGAUGAUCAAGGCAAGCAAGUCAUGGACCGUGUGAAAUGCCUUCUCACUGACAAAGAGUUUGUUGGUCGUACUUAUACCACGAAUGUUGGUGCUGCGUUCAAAGUACUCUCAAUUGAUGACUUCUGUUACAAGGAUCCUAUCGAUCAUUCAGUCUCUAAGAAUCAGGUACGAAGUGUUCUCUCUUCUUGCACCCGCGAGAUGGUCUCCAUUAUUAACCUUAACACUAAACCGGCUCGUUCUGGAUUCGGUAUCCGCAUUAUGCUGAGCGGUGACACGAGAAUAGUCUACCGCAUGAGUGGAACCGGCAGUUCAGGUGCUACUAUUCGUGUCUACGUUAACACCUUCUCAUCGGAUCCAAAUACCCACGAUAUUCCUGCUACUAGCUACAUGGCACCGCAUAUUGAGUUGGCACUUGGCCUUUGUGGCAUACAGUACUUCACUGGUCGUACUCAACCUACCGUCAUCACUUAA